GCAAGCUGUAAAUUGUUCUUGGCAUAGAUUUCAUUUGAAAGUCAACUCUCAACACUCACAGAUCGAUGAGCAUUCGAUGGCUGAUACCAUUUGGCAGGGAUUGCGCAUUAUGCUGCAGCUGCCUGAUCUGCUAGUCUUUUGCUGCUUGUGGGGCAGCGGCCUCUCCUUGGGCUACUAUCUGAAGUCGGCUUUUGUCUACGACAAUCUGUGGCCACAUUGGUAUGCUCUGGUUGGUGGUUUGAUGGCUUUGUUCCUUGCUCUGGGCUGGACACUGCGUAAGCGUGGCAAACAGCGUUAUAGCUAUGAUCACUAUUACAUAAUAUUUUAUGGAUUGCUCUGCUCGCUGCUCGGUAGCUGCUUCAUGCUCAGCAAACAAUUAGCUGUUAGCUACUACUUCAGCUUCGUGGGGUUCAGCGUCAUCUUUGUGGCCAGCUUCAGCUAUGUGAGUUUGCGCAGCGAAGCCUCUGGAUUGAGACCUGCUCGCAUUGCUUUUGGCAAUGCUUGUCAUGCCUCAGGAUUGGCUGCUGGUUUUGCGAUCUUCAACGAGUUUGAGCCACAACGUUGUGGCUUUAUUUCGCUGGCUGUCAAUCUGCUGCUGCUCCUCUUCGUCUGCAUCAAUGAGCUGCUGCAGCAUCUGGGCACACACAACUACAAGCAAUCGCGUGAUCUGGUCUUCAAUCUGCUCAACGAAGAGCGGCUCGUCUUUCUGCCACGCCCCGCUGUGCUCGCCCAGUUCGUGGGUCGUCCGGACUAUCAACUGCUGCCCAGUCGUCAGUGGCUGGUGUUGCUCUCGGGUGGAUUGGUGCUGUUGCUGCAACGCUGCUGCUUGCUGCACUCGCCUGUGCAUCUGCAACUCAUGUGGAGUGCCACGACGGGAUUUGUGGAACGUUCGCAUCUCUAUACGCCAUUUGCACUCUAUGCCGCCGGCUGUGGCUUGAGUGCCUUGCUCCUGCUGCGAUACACUCCGAAGCUGGUCUAUCUGCUGUUUGGUGUCAUCCAGAUAACGCUUGUGGUGGCGCUGCUUUGCAUCUACAAUGACGACCAGCCGGAGCACAGUUUCCUCUUCCUGUGUCUCAUCUAUGCCAGCGCUGGCGUGUUGUCUGGUCAGGCUCUCCACUGGCUUCUGGAGUGUUCGCCUUUUCUCUACGCGGAGCUGUCGCUGGCUGUGGGAUUUGUGCUGCAGUUGGCUGUCAUGGAGGGCUGCAAGUAUGAGCUGAAUGUGGAGGAUGAUGUCUGGCCUGCGCUGUUGGCCAGCAGUUUAACCUAUUUGGGCCUCACCCUGUUGGCCAUCGUGCUUGUUGUCUGGUUGCAGCCACGCACCGCGAGUCUUGUUGAUGUCCGUAAUCGCCUGCUGGGCAUUAGGCGUCUCAAUUUGCCCGCUGCUCAGACGCAGUUUUGGCACACGAAUCACUUUCUCGCCCACGACAAGCAGCCCCAUGAGCUGCAGUCGGUGCAGCUGGACAAGAGUCGCGUAUUCCAGCAGUAUCCAAUUAGCGACUCCACGCCCAACGCCAAUGUCAAUGCCAAAGCGGACAAGCUCUAAUAACAAAGCGAUUGGCUGUGUUUCCUUUUGUUGCUCUGCUCUUGUUACUCAUCAUCAUCAUCGUCAUCAUCAUCAUCAUCAACAGCGCUUGCUUCGAAUUUCCCUCCUUAUCGCAAUAUUCUUAUCAGCCUUGUGACGCCUUGUCAACUUCUCGACUGUCAAACGCGACGCUUAUUAAGCAAACAUUUACGUAUUUUUCAAUCUAAGCGAACGUUUAAUAAACAAGCUACCAACUAA